AUGGCAUUUUAUCGGCCCUGUCUCCGGUAGAAAAGCGGCCGUCCUUCGCUCGGAACCUUCAGAGAGUCGCUGCUCCCGGACGGACAGACAUGGCGGACCCCUGCUCCUUCUGCUCCUUCACCGGCUGCGUCACCAAACACCUGAACCUGCUGCUGCGCGUGGACUUCGACAGACACGUGAUCAGCGGGAGGGUCGCGCUCACCGUAGAGGCUCUGGAGGACCGGUUUUCCGCUCUGACGUUGGACACCAAAGACCUGAAGAUCGUGUCGGUGUCAGCCAAUGGGCAGCCGGCUCGCUUCAGCCUGGGCCAGAAACACAGCUUCAAGGGGACGCCGCUGGACAUCACGCUGCCCUUCGACCUGUCCAGAGGGCAGCACGUGAUCGUGGAGGUGAACUAUGAGACGUCUCCGUCAGCGUCGGCGCUGCAGUGGCUCAAACCUGAGCAGACCGCCGGCAAGAAACAGCCGUACCUGUUCAGCCAGUGUCAGGCUCAUCACUGCAGGAGUAUGGUUCCCUGUCAGGACAGUCCGUCCAUCAAACACUCCUACUACGCUCAGGUGUCCGUCCCUAAGGACCUGGUGGUGGUGAUGAGUGCAGUGAGAGACGGACAUGAGGUGGACCCUCAGGACAGCAGCCGGCUCAUCUAUAGGUUCAGGCAGCCGGUUCCCAUGCCGUCCUACCUGAUAGCCAUCGUGGUCGGAGCUCUGGAGAGCAGGGAGAUCGGUCCGAGGUCCAGGGUUUGGUCUGAGAAGGAGUUUGUGGAUAAAGCAGCGUUCGAGUUCUCCGAGACGGAGACGAUGCUGAAGACGGCUGAGGAUCUGGCCGGUCCAUAUGUUUGGGGUCAGUACGACAUCCUGGUUCUCCCUCCGUCGUUCCCGUACGGCGGCAUGGAGAACCCCUGCCUGACCUUCGCCACCCCCACCCUACUGGCCGGAGACAAAUCUCUGUCUAACGUGAUCGCCCACGAGAUCUCUCACAGCUGGACCGGUAACCUGGUGACCAACAAGACCUGGGAGCACUUCUGGCUGAACGAAGGUCACACGGUUUACCUGGAGAGGAUGAUCGGCAGGUGUAUGGAGAGCGAACAGUUCAGGCAGUUUAAAGCCAUGGGGGGCUGGAAGGACCUGCAGGACUCAGUGAACACCUUCGGAGCCAACAACCCUCUGACCAACCUGGUCCCCAGUCUGCAGGAUGUCAACCCUGAUGAUGCCUUCUCCUCCGUGCCCUACGAGAAGGGCUUCGCUCUGCUGUACCACCUGGAGGAGCUGAUGGGAGGACCAGAGGUGUUCAUGGGCUUCGUGAAGUCCUACAUCCAGCUGUUCGCCUACAGCAGCGUCACCACAGAGGAGUGGAAGAACUACCUGUUCACCUUCUUCAAAGACAAGGUGGACGUCCUGAACAAGGUGGACUGGAACGCCUGGAUGUUCACUCCUGGGAUGCCUCCUGUCAAACCUCAGUAUGACACCACGCUGGCUGACGCCUGCAUCGCUCUGAGCCAGAAGUGGAUCAAGGCCAAAGACCAGGACCUGAAUGGCUUCAAGGAGUCGGACGUCAAGACGCUGUCGUCCCACCAGCUCAUCGAGUUCCUGUCACUGCUGCUGCACGAGGAUGCGCUCCCUCUGACUCGUGUGAAGAAGAUGCAGGAGGUUUACGACCUCAACGCCUGUAUGAACGCCGAGAUCCGCUUCAGGUGGCUGCGGCUGUGCGUCCGAUCCAAGUGGGAGGAGGCGGUUCCCAUGGCGCUGAAGAUGGCGACGGAGCAGGGCAGGAUGAAGUUCACCCGGCCGCUCUUCAAGGAAGUUUUUAACUUUGACAAGUUUCGUAACGAAGCUGUCAAAGUGUUUCUGGAACAUCGAGCAGCGAUGCACCCGGUUACCUCCGGCCUGGUGGGCAAGGAUCUGAAGGUGGACGGCAGCAACACCGCCAGCCAGUAACCAGCCAGAAACCAGUUUAGAAACCAGCCGGAAACCAGCCUGUAACCAGUCAGAAACCAGUUUAGAAACCAGUUUAGAAACCAGCCGAAAACCAGCCUGUAACCAGCUGGAAACCAGCCUGUAACCAGUAUAGAAACAAGUCAAAAACCAGUUUAGAAACCAGUCUGUAAACAGCCAAGAAACCAGUCUAGAAACCAGUCUGUAACCAGUCAGAAGCCAGUUUAGAAACAAGUUUAGAAACCAAUCUGUAACCAGUCAGAAAUCAAUUUAGAAACCAGUCUGUAACCAUUUUAGAAACCAGUCUGUCACUGGUCAUAAACCAGUUUAUAAUCAGUCAGUAACCAGUCAGAAACCAGUCUGUAACCAGUCAGAAACUGGUCUAACCAGUCAGAAACCUGUCUGUAACCAAACGCUAAUCAGUCAGAAACCAGUCGGAAACCAGUCUAACUAGUCAGAAACCAGUCUAACCAGUCGGAAACGAGGCUAACCAGUCAGAAACCGGUCUCUAACCAGUCAGAAACCAGUCUGUAACCAGUCAGAAACCGGUCUGUAACCAAACGCUAAUCGGUCAGAAACCAGUCUAACCAGUCGGAAACCAGUCAAACUAGUCAGAAACCAGUCUAACCAGUCAGAAACCGGUCUGUAGCCAGUCGGAAACCAGUCUAACCAGUCAGAAACCAGUCUAACCAGUCAGCAACCAGUCUAACCAGUCGGAAACGAGGCUAACCGGUCGGAAACCGGUCUCUAACCAGUCAGAAACCAGUCUGUAACCAGUCAGAAACCAGUCUGUAACCAGUCAGAAACCGGUCUGUAACCAGUCGGAAACCAGUCUAACCAGUCAGAAACCAGUCUAACCAGUCAGGAACCAGUCAGAAACCAGUCUAACCAGUGAGCAGUGCUAUCAACAGUAUUAAACCUCAUUAACCAGCUGCAGUUUUUGCUUCUCGGCUGAUUUAAGAGUUUCUUUGCUGUUUUUUUCUUUCUGUUGGCGUCAAACAGAUUUUCUAAAGAAAUAAACUAAAUCUGAACUCUGA